AUGUCCGUCCAGGCACAAAUUUUCCAUUUAAGACAUGCCGUCUCGGCGGGAAUUGUGAUUGGCGAUGGGUUCCAUGAAACCUUGACUGGCCCACGCCCGACAGGUACCCAAGCGCAGCGCGAGACUGGAAUGGCUGCUCGACCACUUUGCCAAUCCUGCGGGAAGUUUCCUGUCUGCGAGGUGACCUUACCGGAAUCGUUAUCUGUGCCCGACGCGAUGCUGGGAAACAACACCUUGAGCAAAGACCAGCCAGAAUAUUACUAUUACUACAUGCAUCUGCAGCCCAUCACUGAGAUCGGUGUCUGCUAA